GUUCGGGUACCCGUUGGCGUUCGGAUCGGGUUUUUCGGAUUUUCGGGUUUUCGGGUUUACGCUCCUAGGUCCCAUAGUAAAAUUUCAUUAGUACGGGUCGGGUUCGGAUAAUAACACUUCGGGUUCGGUUAAAAAUUAUAUUGCAUCCUAAAACCCAUAAAGUAACCAUAUAUCUUUCGGGUUCGGGUUAUAUCGGUUCGGUUCGGAUAUAACCAAAGUAAAAAAACAAAAACUUAAAGAAAAACAUAAAAAAAAACAACUAAAUUAAUAAAAAUUAAUCUAUCAUACAUAAAAUUGCUAAAAUAACAAUAAAAUGUUAAAUCAAGCAUGAAAACAAACAUUAUUUGUAAACAAUAUACAUUAUAUUAUAGAGAGUAUACUUGUUAUUCCAAUGAACAAAUUAUAAAUUACUUAUUUAUAACUAAUUGUGUACUUAAAAUAUUUUUAAUAUUGUUAACAUUGUUAAUAUUUAUUAUUAUAUAUCAUAUUACCACGAAUAUUAAAUUUAAUAACUAAAAUACUUAUAUAUAUAUUUCAAAAUAUUUAUAUUAACUAUUAGUUUCGGGUUUUUCGGGUUACCCGUUCGGGUUCGGUUAAUAACACUUCGGGUUCGGAUAUUUUUUAUACCACCCUACAAAACCCGUUCGGGUAUUUUUACAUUUCGGGUCGGAUAACGGGUCGGGUUUUUCGGUUCGGGUUCGGUUCGGAUUUCGGGUUCCGGAUUUUAUGCCCAUGCCUAAUUAAAUUUAGCUUAUGCAGGGAAGCACGAUUAAUCAAUCAUUUUUUUAAAUAGCCAUUUGCAAGUCUACGAAUUUAAUAAAACUAAUAUUGGAAUGAACAUUUGAUUUUGUUUUGCCCAGUGACUUUCUCUCUCUCUCUCUCCAUCUGAAAAAGCGGGAAGUCUCACCACAAAGUUCGUUUUUACUUUUUCGGAUCAUCACAUUUUCUUUUUCUCCCUUUUUUUUUACCAAAUCUUUCAAGAGAGGAUGAUGCACGCAGCUUUGCACCUUGUUCUAGACACCAAUCUGUAGAAAAAAAGGUUUGGUUUGUUUCUUCAAGCUGAGCAGAGUUUAAGCUUUCCUUAUUUUAAAGCAACAAAAAAAAACUAGAAUGGCGACGUUUUCGAUGAGAGAUUUAGAUGAGGCUCUCCAAGGAUGUGGCCAGAAAUCCGGGAUUGAAAUAUGGCGCAUCGAGAACUUCAAACCUGUCGCUGUCCCAGAAGAGUCCCAUGGCAAAUUCUUCUCCGGGGAUUCCUAUAUAGUCUUAAAGACCACUGCUUCAAGAGGCGGUUCCCUGCAUCACGAUAUUCACUACUGGCUCGGUAAAGACUCCAGUCAGGACGAACAUGGUUCUGUAGCCGUUAAGACAGUCGAGUUAGACUCAGCGUUAGGUGGGCGUGCUGUUCAGUACCGAGAAGUACAGGGUCACGAGACCGAGAAGUUCCUUUCCUACUUCAAACCUUGCAUUAUACCUCAGGAAGGUGGAGUCGCUUCCGGGUUCAACCACGUCAAGCCCGAGGAGCACCAGACUCGUCUCUAUAUCUGCAAAGGCAAACAUGUCGUCCGUGUCAAAGAGGUUCCGUUUGUUCGAUCGACGCUCAACCACGACGACGUCUUCAUUCUCGAUACAGAGUCCAAAAUUUUUCAGUUCAGUGGUUCCAAUUCGAGUAUACAAGAAAGAGCAAAAGCUCUUGAGGUUGUUCAGUACAUUAAAGACACGUACCAUGACGGAAAGUGCGAGAUCGCAGCUGUGGAUGAUGGGAGGAUGAUGGCUGAUGCUGAAGCUGGAGAGUUUUGGGAACUGUUCGGCGGGUUUGCUCCGCUUCCUAAGAGAUCAGCAGUCAGUGAUGACCAAACCGCCGAGUCUGACGGGACCAAACUCUUCAGUGUGGAGAAGGGACAGACAGAAGCAGUAGAGGCUGAGAGUUUGGAGAAAGAGGUAUUAGACACUAACAAAUGUUAUAUUCUCGAUUGCGGUCUCGAAGUGUUCGUUUGGAAGGGACGUAAUACUUCAAUCGACCAAAGAAAGAACGCGACUGAAGCUGCAGAGGGAUUUUUCCGUUCGUCUGAACGUCCAAAAUCAAACCUGAUCAGUGUGAUGGAAGGGUUUGAAACAGUGAUGUUCCGAUCUAAGUUUGAUUCAUGGCCUGUUACAAGUACAGUAGCUGAGCCACGGCAAGGCAGAGGCAAAGUUGCAGCUCUUUUGCAAAAGCAAGGAGUUAACGUUGAAGGCCUGGUUAAGACUUCUUCACCUACUUCUAAAGACGAACCCAAGCCAUACAUUGAUGGCACAGGAAAUCUCCAGGUCUGGCGAAUAAAUAACGAGGAAAAGAUCCUUCUGGAAGGAGCGGAGCAAUCGAAGUUCUAUAGCGGAGAUUGUUAUAUAUUGCAGUACUCAUAUCCUGGAGAUGACAGAGAGGAAUAUCUAGUGGGUACUUGGCUAGGAAAGCAAAGCGUCGAGGAAGACAGAGCAUGUGCUAUUUCCAUGGCAAGCAAGAUGGUUGAAUCCAUGAAGUUUAUGCCGGCUCAGGCUCGCAUUUACGAGGGAAAAGAACCGAUUCAGUUUUUCGUGAUCAUGCAAAGCUUCAUCACAUUUAAGGGGGGUCUAAGUGAUGCGUUCAAGAAGUACAUAGCAGAGAACGAAGUCCCUGAUAAUACUUAUGAUGCAGAAGGUGUUGCGUUGUUUAGAGUUCAAGGUUCUGGACCAGAGGACAUGCAAGCCAUACAGAUAGAUGCGGUUUCCACAAGGUUGAAUUCUUCGUACUGCUAUAUAUUACAUGGUGAUUCAACUGUUUUCACUUGGUGUGGCAAUCUCACUACCUCGGAUGAUCAAGAACUUAUGGAGAGAAUGUUGGAUCUGAUUAAGCCAGAUGAACACACCAAGUCACAAAAGGAAGGUAUAGAGUCCGAACAGUUCUGGGAACUAUUAGGAGGAAAAUCAGAAUAUCCGAGCAAGAAGAUCAAGAAGGAUGGAGAGAGUGAUCCUCAUCUCUUCUCUUGCACAUUCUCAAACGAAACUCUAAAGGUUACAGAGAUCUUCAACUUCACUCAAGAUGAUUUGAUGACUGAAGACAUCUUCAUUCUUGAUUGUCACACUGAAGUAUAUGUCUGGGUCGGGCAACAAGUUGACCCCAAGAAGAAACCGCAAGUGUUAGCCAUUGGAGAGAAAUUCCUUAAGCUUGAUUUCCUCCUGGAGAACCUAUCAAGCGAAACACCGAUAUACAUCGUAACUGAAGGAAACGAACCUCCAUUUUUCACCCGGUUCUUCACUUGGGACUCUUCUAAAUCUGCAAUGCAUGGAGACUCUUUCCAGAGAAAGCUCGCAAUCCUAACAAACAAAGGAAAGCCGCUUCUAAAUAAACCUAAAAGGAGAGUACCGGUGUACAGCGGGAGGUCCAGCGUUGUCCCAGACAAAGCGCAGCCCCGGUCAAGAAGUGUGACCUCUACCGCAGACAGAUCACGUGUGAGGGGACGGUCUCCAGCUUUCAACGCACUUGCUGCGAACUUUGGGAACGUAAGCACAAGAAACCUGUCAACUCCACCACCUAUGGUUGGCCCAAUGGUCAGGAAGCUUUACCCCAAGUCCCACGCACCAGACCUCACAAAGCUAGCCCCCAAAUCCGCAGCUAUUGCUGCCCGCACAGCGAUUUUCGAGAAACCUAAGCCUCCUCCUCAAGAAACACCAACUAGCCCAUCUGAAGGUACAAACGGAGCAGAGACGACAGAGGAUGAAUCAAUGAGCAACAUUAAAGAAGGAGAAGAAGAAGAAGCAGAAGAGGAAAGUAACCUCCCUACAUUCCCAUACGAACGCCUCACCACCGACUCAGAGGAU